AUGUCCACCAUCGCGCAGCGCGCCCACUCCCACAUCGGCGUUCCCCAGUCUAGGGGAUACGCAGCCAUGUCCUACCGCGACGACCCAUUCCGCGACGACGCUGGCCGCAUACUCCACCGACCGUCCAUCUCGACUAUCAACACGGUCUCCUCUACCUCGUCGUCGUCGUCUUCACAAUCAUCCUACCCUUCCUCGUCGCCGCCUCACCUGUCGUUCUUAACGAUGGAUCCCUCGACCCUGCCCGGGUCACCCCACCGACGCUCAUGCGCAUCACCGCAGUUUGGCCCCAGGACCUCGCGGAGACGACCUCUACCCUUCGUACCAACGUCAACGUUCGACGUGCCGCCCCCCACCUACGCCUCCGCCACGUCCUCGCCCACGUCCUCGCCCUCACGGGUAAGGCGACUACCCAGCGUCCCCGCAUCUCCACCGACGAAACGGUACUCGGACGUGCGCGUUCUCCCUACGGUGCCCGCGACGCCCGAACGGUCGCACAGUCCGGAGCCUCGGAUGUCGCCCCCCAUCGUUGACAGCGACGAGGAGUUGGAGAUUGACUGGGAUAUGAUCGACGAGAUACUAGUCCGAGCGGCGUAGCCUCACAGAAGGGGAAGGGGAAGGAAACUGGUAAUCUGGAAGGAAGGCUCUCAGGAGCACGCGCAACGCCCACCGGGUUCAGAGCACCGUCGCGAACCGUCGCUCAAUGGUGCCUGUUCGGCACAACCCCAUUCCAUCAUCGACGCCAAAUGUCGCUAUCGCACAUUCGCCUCGAUCGAACAUUCAACGCCCGCUGGGAACAUCCACAUCCGAGCGCUAUUAGUUCACACGGGUCGCUUGCGACCCUCAAUUGACCGAACAUCCUUUGGCACGAAUAUUAGCAUCCUGUUGUACUUUGUAUUCUUGACGCCACGCAUGACAUUGCCUAAUACCACUUUCAC